AAAACGCAUCCACUAAUGCGCUUCUCAAAUAUCCACUCUGGUUUGAGGCUCUCCAAUUCGAUUUCAACCAUCAAAGAAGCAUCAUCUUCCAGAAAAUGGCAAGAAGCUCUCCAACUUUACCGUGAAAUCAGACUCUCUGGAUCUCAAUUGCCAGACUCUUCGGUGCUCCCUUCGAUUCUCAAAGCAUGUUCCAACGUUUCUUUCAAACUUGGAACUGCUAUGCACGGAUGUCUGAUCAAACAAGGAUGCCAAUCUUCCACUUCCGUUGCUAAUUCCACUAUUGACUUGUAUAUGAAAUGGGGUGAUUUGGAUUCCGCACACCGCGCUUUUGUUUCUCUGAAGAACAAGGAUUCGGUGUCUUGGAACGUGAUGGUUCAUGGGAAUUUCUCAAAUGGGGGCGUAGUGGCAGGCUUGUGGUGGUUUAAAAUGGCCAGAUUCGCCAAUUUUCAGCCCAAUGUUGCUUCGUUGGUACUUGUAAUUCAUGCAUUUCGUGAGCGUAAAUCAUAUAGUGAAGGCUUUGCGGCUCAUGGUUAUAUAAUUCGCUCUGGUUUCUCUGCCAUUCUUUCGGUUCAAAACUCUCUGUUGAGCUUAUAUACUGAAGUUGAUUUGUUUCUUGCCCACAAACUGUUUGAUGAAAUGUCUGUGAGAAAUGAUAUUGUUUCCUGGAGUGUGAUGACAGGAGGUUUUGUGCAAAUUGGGGAAGAUGAACAUGGGCUGCUGAUGUUUCGAGAUAUGGUGACAGUGGCUGGCAUUUCACCUGAUGGGGUAACCAUUGUAAGUGUUCUAAAAGCUUGCACCAACUUGAGAGAUAUUUCACUUGGAACAAUGGUGCAUGGAUUGGUGGUUUGUAGGGGCUUGGAAGAUGAUUUAUUUGUUGGGAACUCUUUGAUAGACAUGUAUUCCAAAUGUUCUAAGGUUCAUUCUUCAUUUAAAGCUUUCAAGGCGAUGCCUGAGAAGAAUAUCGUCUCGUGGAAUUCGAUGUUGUCGGCGUAUGCUCUCAACGAGAAGCCUUUGGAAGCUGCGGCGUUGCUUAGGACAAUGGUGGAAGAAGGAGUUGAGAAAGAUGAGGUGACUUUUGUGAAUGUUCUUCAGAUAGUUAAACAGUUUCUGGAUUCGUUACAAUGCAGGUCUGUACACAGCGCGAUUAUACGGCGGGGAUAUGAAUCGAAUGAAUUGGUGAUGAACUCUGUGAUUGAUGCUUAUGCGAAAUGCAAUCUGAUUGAGCUUGCAGGCAUACUUUUUGAUGGAAUGAAGAAAAAAGAUGUAGUUACUUGGAGCACCAUGAUUGCAGGCUUUGCCUACAAUGGCGAUCCCGACAAAGCGAUAUCGAUCUUCAAGCGAAUGAAUGAAGAGGUGAAACCGAACAAGGUAUCGAUUAUGAAUCUUAUGGAGGCUUGUGCUGUCUCUGCUGAAUCGAGACAAUUGAAAUGGGCUCACGGUAUAGCUGUUAGAAGAUGUUUGGCUAGUGAAGUAGCUGUUGGGACUGCCAUUAUUGACAUGUAUUCAAAAUGUGGAGAUAUAGCAGCCUCCAUUAGAGCCUUCAACCAAAUCCCAGAAAAGAAUGUCGUCUGUUGGAGCGCUAUGAUAUCUGCCUUCGGCAUCAACGGUCUCGCGCACGAAGCGUUAAUUUUGUUCGAAAAGAUGAAACAAAACGACAUGAAGCCGAAUGCUGUGACCGCCCUGUCAGUGCUGUCUGCUUGUAGCCAUGGAGGACUAGUGGAAGAAGGGUUCUCUUUUUUCACAUCCAUGGCGAAGAAACACAAAAUUACACCUGGUUUGGAGCAUUACUCAUGCGUCGUCGACAUGUUAGCCCGAGCGGGGAAAUUCAAAGACGCAUUAGAGUUGAUUGAGAAGAUGCCUGAAGAAAUGGAAGCAGGGGCCAGCAUUUGGGGGACACUAUUGAGCUCUUGUAGGAGCUAUGGAAACAUUGUGCUUGGCUCAGGAGCGGCCUCUCGUGUUCUUGAACUCGAACCGUUGAACUCGACUGGCUACAUGCUUGCGUCGAACUUGUAUGCGAACUGCGGGCUAAUGAGUGAUUCUGCGAAGAUGAGGAGGUUGGCUAAAGAGAGAGGAGUCAAGGUUAUUGCUGGAUAUAGUUUGGUGCAUAUUAAUUCACUGAGUUUGAGAUUUGUUGCUGGAGAUGAGUUCAAUCCAAGAGCUGAUGAGAUUUAUUUAAUGGUUGAACAAUUGCACAGUGUAAUGAAGAUUGAUUAUUUGCAAGUUCUAGAUGCUCUUCUCAGCAUCUAGUACAAUGGCUAUUCAAAUGGACAUGUAUUUGAUUUGAUGUAGAGUCGGGUUUUUCUUCUCGGUCGGGAUCUCAUUUCUUGGAGCGCAAUAAAAGAAAGGAAGGCGUCCAUGUAGCUAUUGCACUUGCUCCCUCGACCUCAACUGAUCAGAGCUGACAAAGAUGCAUCAACUAGUAAGUCGAAACAUCAUAAAGGAAGGGGUCUAUGUAGCUGUUGUGCCCGCCCCUCGGCAUCCGCUGAUCAUAGCCGACAAAGAAGCACCAACUAGCAUAGCCGCCUACUUUUCUAGUUUCAUCUGUAAUUAUUCAGAACACAUAACAAACACGCAACCAAAGACUUAUCAAUAUUGGUAACAAGCUAAUUUGCCUUGGAA